AUGCACGACCCGGAGUCCGAGCUGCCAGAACGAUGCUUCGACAAUGAUUUGAUUGCGAUUGUGAGCUACAAUGAGUCACGGAACAGCUACAUGGUUGGCAAGGUCGGCUCGCAAGUUCUUGGCUUCGAGUACGCCUCUGAACCGAUCCUCGAGCCUCUUGAUGGUGGUCAUCCUGCGUUCUCUUCCAGUGGCGAGUCGGGCGAGGUGUUGAGAAACGAUUCGUACAAAUGGUUUUCCAGUCUGCUCUGCUCGUUCGGCAUGGCUUUGCUUGCCAAUGUAGAAGUCUUCCUCGCCAUCAAUUGCGCAAAAGAGCGUAAUGAUGAGAAAAGGCGGGAGUCCGACGCUGAUACUGAAUUUGUUCGUGAGCCGAUGAGGUCCGUAAAGAUUGAUAAAAGGGAUCGUCAAUCGAGCCGUCAUAGGAGCAUUUCUAGGAUGUUACAGGAUACCUACUACAUAUCCGCGAUGCUGUUGACUAGCUCUCGCUUCUCCUCGCGACUGAAGAGUCCCGGUGGAGCAUAG